AUGUCAGGAUUCGACAUACAAGGACAUACCAGAUUGUCCUUUCUGGAUUUGGAUGCCCAGGAGAUGAGGGUAUAUGCAAUUAUCAUUGCAAAAACAAGGUCCAAGACGGAGGAAAAAUUCCCUGCUGUGGACGAUGUGGAGGUUUCUUUAAAACAACUUGUCAAUGCGUUUACGGUUGCAAGAAUUGCUGAAAAAGUAGAAAUGGGAGUCAAAAGAAUGAAUUUAUUAAAACACAUUCACGUGACAUAUCGAAUUUUAUUAACACAUAUCGAAGAUGGUAAACUCAAUUCGGAACAUCGAUAUUGUCCACUAUAUCGAGACACUCGUAAAUGCGUUGCACAAAUACCUUAA